AUGUCCGCUGAUAGUCGCAUUCACGAUACGGCGUCGCCGACCUUAUUUCAUCCCGAUCUACACAAAAGGAACAUAUUCGUUUCGGAUAAUGAACCUUCGAUAAUAACGGGUAAGGUUCCAGACUUCGCCACGGGUGCAACAUCCCCGUCAUCCGCUCUAAGGGUGGAUGACAGCGCGCUGUGCAAAAAGACCGACGAAGUUUGUACUAAAUUUCUUGUUCCAAGACUUGCUCUCCCCAGGGCAAUGGACGAAGGGAUGUUUCGACCCGUUUUGUAUAGUUACAGAACCUGGAAAGACGGCGCCGUUGCGUUUCGACAUGAGCUCAUUGAAACCUCUAGAGACUGGGGCACGCUUGGAUUUGUCGGGGGUUAA